GACCUGGCCGUGUGACAUCAAAUUGCACGGGCAAAAUCACACGGGCCAUGUAGGGGACCCCUUGUGGCCGUGUGGAAAUUCCAGGGAACUCACACGGGCAUCCUUGAAAUCCACACGGCCAUGUGGGUCUGGCCGGGUAGGAAGCCUGAAGUCACUUAACGAAACGCCGCGUUGUGCAACUCACACGGGUAGCUGGGGAAGUCACACGGCCGUGUGGCCUGGCUGUGCGAUGCGGGAAUUUCUGGUUUUUAACCCAAUUUCCAACCAAAGAAGGGGCGUUCCGAGUUUCAGAGAGAAAAAGCGAUACCUAGAGAGAUAAAGUGACGAACCUGACUCUGCAAGUGUCAUAGAUCGAUAUCCAUCACCAUUGGAGCCCCGCUUGAGCUUGGAGAAGACCUGAUUGAGUGCCAGAAGCAGAUUAUCAUCCUUCACAAUAUGGUUUCCGCAUCUGAGCUAGAUUUUCCAUCUCUCUCUAUGGAGUAACUUUCUUAUUCACCUGGGUAUGAAGAACCCUAGAUUUGUAUGUUAGGUUUGAUUGUAUGAACCCAAGUACAGAUUCAUUGAUAUGAUUAUGUUCAAUUGAGGUUUGAUUUUUUGAAUGGCAUGAAUCUUGAUCAAAUUCCAGUUGUUUCUGCUUUAACCUAGAAAGAGAUUAUCUGCCUAGGUUGAUAGAGCACCCUUGAUUGAAGGUAGUGGAUUGACGACUUUAGUCGAGAAGUCAAUUCACUAUUCCGUAUCGAAUUCACUUCGGUAGGGGAGGUUUGGUUCCUUAGGGCCUCAUUCUAUUUACUCCGCUGGAGGUUAGUAGCCCGCUGGAGACUCAGAUUGAGAGGGUCCGGAGACCUUUAGUCGAGACUUCAGACUGUUUAAGAACCUCCGCAGUAUAACUAUCAUUGAACUUGAACUUGGUAAAUUACAAUCCGGCUUAACUGCAGUGUAGGGGGAACCAUAUACGGGUGACCUCUCUCGACUUGAAAACAACGUUUUUACUUGUUUUGCUUGUUUGCUUGUUUGGACCUUCACUAAAUGUUCACUGCUAAAUAAUAAGAACUCACGGAGUAGUCAUCACAUCUAGGACCCGGGUUGACAUUAAAACCCAAACCCGCUAUACUACGCUUUAGGAGGUGGUUACACUUGGCCAUUUUCUAGAGUGACAGUAGGCGCGAGUCAAGUUUUUGGCGCCGUUGCCGGGGACGACUAGGUUGUUGAAGAAACGUGAAUUCUGUUAGUUUAGCUUUUCUUUUCUGCAUUGUUUGCUUUGUCACACUUGUGCCUUCACGGGUUUGCUGCUUGAUUGUGUGCAGGUAGUGCAUGACCCGUAGCCAGUCAGGAGGUUUACUGUCGUUGGAUCCGGAGCUUGAACUCACCUGUCGCCAACUUAGGAGACAACAGUGAGCUAGACUGGCUACGGAGGAGCGCAUAGACGGUCACUAGAGCAGUGAGUCAGAGGAAGAGUACGAGAUGGAAGGAGACCAUAAUCCGCCCCAGGGGAUACCUCUCCAGGUUCCCCCAGUGAACCAGAUCCUGGGGAACAACCCAAUGCCCCAGGCAGAUGGGGUUCAUCAUCAACCACCGCCACUGGGUCCCACCUUGGAGUACUACUACACUCCACGGAUUGCUGAUAUCCGCCAUGUCGUCCUCUACCCGCCCAUUCCAGCGAACAACUUCGAGAUCAAGCCAUGCUGGAUUCAACUCAUUACAUCCUUUAUCCGGUUUCAUAGCUUGAAGGAUGAGGAGGCAAGGGUGCAUCUUUCCCGUUUUGUGCAGCUGACGAACGGGUUCAAGCUAAACGGUAUCCCUGAUGACGCAAUCCGCCUUCACCUCUUCCCCCAUUCUCUGGCAGGGAAUGCUAAGAGGUGGUUGGAGACCCAACCCCCAUUGUCCAUCACUUCUUGGGACGAUAUGGCCGACAAGUUUGUGCAUAGGUACUAUCCAGCAUCGAAGACCACAGAGAUCCAGCGGGAGAUCACUCACUGUCGCCAAGAGCCAGACGAGUCACUUCGUGAUGAAUGGGAGCGGUACUCGGGGUAUUUCUGGCAGUGCCCCCAUCAUGGCUUCAGUGAUGCAUUCACCAUGGGGAACUUCUACAGUGUUCUCUCUCCGGAAGCCAGAGGGUGAUUGAGUCUCUAUGCCCAGGAGGGGAUAUUCUUAUUAAGACUACACCCGAAAUGAACUAGAUGAUCAGUA